AUGGCCUAUACGAUCGUUCGAAGGACUCCCGCUACCACAGCAUGGAGGAUCCAAAGCACACAACAACAAAGAACAUGCAGAAGCACCCGGAAAAUCACAACAAUCAGCACGGAGCGUCGUGGUUCCAUCUCGCAGCAGCAAAAAGAUGCUAGCAAGCAAAACUGCACAGAGGUCGACCCUGCAGCACUGCCGCCGCUGUCGGCAUUGCCCACAAGCAUGCUCCUCAGAUCAGUCUUCAUCAACGCCAUCUCGUCCAAACCAUUCUUACUCAGUCCUUCCCUUGCCAUUCUCUCGGCGCUCAGCAAGCCUAGCAGGAGUUGGGUCCUCAACGUGGACCGCAACCCCUUGCUCCACUCGCUCCUCAAGGCAACAUUCUAUAAGCAAUUCUGCGCAGGCGAGACAGGUGGCGAGGUGACGCAGACGAUGCGGCGGCUGCGAGAAAUCGGGUUCCGCGGCACCAUACUGACGUACGCAAAAGAGACAGUGUUCGAUCACCGUACCAACACAGAACACGGCAUGGGCAUUGCGUCGAAAGAGGACGGUGAACCUGCCUGGUGCGAGGAAAUCGCCGCAUGGCGGGAGGGCACGCUCGAGACAGUCGACCUGCUGGAAGAAGGCGACCAGCUGGCCCUCAAACUCACCGGCGCCGGCCCCCUUGCAACAAGCCGCCUCCACACAGGCGCCCCGCCACCGCGGCAACUGCUCUCCGCCCUCCGCGAAAUCUGCCAGCGCGCGCGCGCCCGCGGCGCCCGCGUCAUCAUCGACGCCGAAUCGCAGCGCUUCCAAGCGGGCAUCGAGCGCGUCGGCCUGCACCUCAUGCGCGAGCACAACCGCAACCGCAGCGCCGGGGGCCCGGCGCCCGCCCUCGUCUACAACACCUACCAAGCCUACCUCAAAUCGACGCCGGCGCGGCUGGCGGCGCACCUGGGCGCCGCGCAAGACGAGGGCUUCACGCUGGGCCUGAAGCUGGUGCGCGGCGCGUACAUGGCGAGCGACGAGCGCCGCCUCAUCUGCGACUCGAAGCAGGACACGGACGCCGCGUACGACGGCAUCGCGCAGGGCGCGCUGCGGUGCCGCAUCGGGGAUUUCGGCGGCGAGGGCGCUGGCUCGCGGCCUUUCCCCAGCGUGGAUCUCUUGCUUGCGGGGCACAAUGAGAAAAGCUUGCGGGCGGCUCACGCGCUGCAUGCGGAGCGCGUGGCGGGGGAGCUGCCGACGGUGCCGGUGGCAUUCGCGCAGCUGCACGGCAUGGCGGAUGGGGUGAGUUUCGGGCUCGUGCGGAGGAGGGAUGGGGAGGGGAGGGGGCCGGAGGUGUAUAAGUGCUCGACGUGGGGGAGCUUGGGGGAGUGUUUGGCGUAUCUGACGAGGAGGGCGGUGGAGAAUCGGGAUGCGGCGGGGAGGACGAAGGAGGAGUACGCGGCGUUGAAGAGGGAGGUGGGGAGGAGGCUGGGGGUGGUGUUGCGCGCGCCGGGGAGAUGGUUUGCUGGCGCUAAGUAG